GAUAAAGUCAAGUGUAUGGUAAGAGACCAGGCACACAAAAAUGAGUAUAGCCUAUCAUUUGUAUUUUUCUUGAAUAGUCCUGCGCAUGAAGUCUCGCCAAAAUGCCACGAACUUGGAUGACCGCCUUGUUAAAGCUGCUGAGUAUAAAAAGAUUUUGACAAGGACAGGGGCUUCCCCUGCUCUGUGCCCAAGACUGCGGAACCUUUUAGAAGCCGGGAGUGGGAACCGCAGACAUGGUCAAGAUAGAGCUUGCACCGUUGAAUAUCCCAUUCAACCGACAUUUACAGACAGCUGCAGUUCUUCAAUGGGUCUUCUGCUUUCUCUUUGGAGCGCAGUGUUGUUUUUGUGUGUACGUUGUGAUCGUGUUGAAUGGAUACUGGCACGUGGCUGCACUGUAUGCCCUGUGGCUCUACCUGGACUGGGACACACCUCAGGCUGGGGGCCGCAGGUCUGACUGGGUACGCCACUGGACCGUGUGGAAACACUUUGGAGACUAUUUCCCCAUCCAUCUGAUUAAGACAUGUGACCUAGACCCAGAAAGGAACUACCUGAUGGGGUUCCAUCCUCACGGAAUCCUGGUAGCCGGAGCGUUUGGCAAUUUCUGUACAGAAUACACAGGUUUCCAAGAGCUCUAUCCAGGAAUGACUCCUUAUCUGCAUACCCUCAGCAUCUGGUUCGGCUUCCCAUUCUUCCGGGAGUACCUUAUGUUCUCAGGGGUUGUUUCUUGUUCCAAGAAGAGUCUUACCCAUGUGUUGAGCCAGAAGGGAGGGGGCAACGUGUCAAUCAUAGUGAUUGGCGGGACGGCAGAGUCCCUGGAGGCCAGGCCUGGAGGCCUCAACAGGAAGGGCUUUGUCAAGAUUGCUCUCAGGUGUGGGGCUCAUCUGGUGCCAGUGUUCUCCUUUGGGGAGAAUGAUCUGUUUAAUCAGCUGAAGAACCCAAAGGGCUCCCUGGUCCGUACCAUCCAGGAGGGCAUGAGGAAGACCCUGGGCUUCAGCCUGCCUCUGUUCCACGCCCGGGGGGUCUUCCAGUACAGCUUGGGCUUCAUGCCCUUCAGACAACCCAUCUACACCAUUGUGGGAGAGCCCAUAGUGGUGGAGAGGAACGUGAGCCCCUCAUCAGCUGAGGUAGACAGGCUGCAUGGCUGUUACCUGGAGGCGCUGGCUAAGCUGUUUGAGCAGCACAAGGCUGAGUACAGGAUCCUAGAGCACCAGCACCUCAUCUUCACCUGACCAGACCAAAUUAAGUCAGAUAGCACUGCACUGUAGGAUUGGACCAUUCAACCAGCUCCUGACCAAUACACACUGAUACAGACUUUCAAACAAACAUAGUGCAAACAUACACAAAAGCACACAUGGGAAAUGGACACGUGCAUGCUUACACACAUGUACAGUGAACACCCAUAUACACAAUCAAACGGCCAUCGCUCUCUUAUGCAGUCACCAUAGGCCCAAAAUAGGUUAGCUGAGUUGAGCGUUGGAAAUCCCGCUCAUUGCGCACCGCUCUGGUGCUCCAUCUCCUUUCCACCCGCUCUCUAAAAACCCUUUCACGUUCAUUAAAAUCACAAUUUAACCAACACCCAUCUAUUUUUCUGACUACCUAGACCUACCAUUUGGUUUUGAAGUAUUGAAACCAAACCACAUGACUUGAAUGAAAAGUAUUUGAAUGAAAAGGUGAAUAUAAUAAUCAUUUCAAAUAGGCUACAUGUCAUGUUAAACAACAUAUAAACACUCUAAAUACAGUGCCUUGCGAAAGUAUUCGGC